AUGACCUCUACACCUCAAGUUGAAAAGGUUCAAAAUAAUUCUGCUCCUGCUUUACGAAUCACAACAAAGAAAGAUACUACUAAUACAGCAUUAGAAGAAUCUUUAAAAACUUAUAAAUUACUAGAAGCGCUUCGUGCAGACGAUUUAUCAAAUUUACAAAUAAUUCUAUCAACAUAUCAAUCACAUGAAGUGUCAACUCCAAAUUCUGUUACUGGCAAUUCAUCUAAUAAUGGUACAACAUCACCAUUAAUACUAGCAGUGCAAUGUUCUAAAAUUUCUACUAUAGAAUAUAUUUUAUCUAAUUUUCCAAAUAUUAAUAUUAACCAAUCCGAUCAAUUUGGAAAUACUGCAUUGCACUAUGCUUCUAAAAAUGGCAGAAUUGAUGUAGUAGGACUUUUGUUGAAACAGUUAAAGAUCAAUGAUACGAUACCUAAUAAUUACGGCAAAACACCUGUCGAAUUAGCAAAGAAUCAAGAAAUUAUAGAUUUAUUUAAUGUAAACAAGCAAGAGUUUAUUGAGCAAACAACAACAUUAUUUCAUCAAUAUGUAACAGAUUUUAAUUAUAUAGCACUUCAAUAUUUAUUUCAAACCCCAAGAGUUGUUGCUUUAAUUGAUAUAAAUCUUCAAGAUCCAUCAACUGGUACAACAUUGUUACAUGAAGUGACCAAGAAAAAAAAUUUAGAAAUGGUGGAAUUUUGUUUAGAUCACGGUGCAGAUGUAACUAUUAGAGAUCACAAGGGUAAAAUGGCUGUUGACUUGGUCAAAGAUGAUAAAAUUAAAAAUUUACUUAAACAAGAUGAAGUUUCAUCUAGUGGCGAAGAAUUACAUUCAUCAGAUGAUGAUGACGAGGAAGAAAAUUGUAAUUAUACAAGUUCGGAUGAUAUUUCUGACUUGGCAGAAUUUAUUGAUAAUAUUAAAAAAUCAAGCGGCAUAAGCAUGAAUAAUAAUCAUGCAAAUAAGAGAAACCAUAUGAAUAAUUCAAAUAAGAGAAAGUCCGUAUCACCAAGCACUCCAAAUAAGCCAAAGUACGUGUCACAACCAAGAAAUGUCACAGCCACCACUAAUCUUGGAAGCUUAAAUAAUUCAAUUAUACAAAGAAUACAUAAUUCUUCGCCUCCUCCGCCGCCAUCAAGAAAACCAGAUUUUGAUUGGAUUUUAGAUGAUGAUGAUAGCGAAUUGUUUUCUAGAAAUUUAAUUAACAUUAAAAAAGAUACAAAAAAGCAUGAAAGAUGUAUAUUUAAAUCAAUAGAUAAUUUGCAGAACAAGGAGGACAUUAAUUUAGAAAAUAAUAUUGUAAAGAAAUGUUUAAAAAAUAUUCAUACAAUUAAUAAAAAGAAACUUAAUGGUGGCGGUGAAUUUUCUACGCUGGCGAAUCACAAAAAACUUGAACCAUCACUGACAUUACCAUUAGAAAUCGAAGAAUCCCUUAAAGAACUGUGUCGUAUUGCUGAAUUAACACCUGAGGUUCAUCUAGAAAAACUUAUCGAAUUGUUUGAAAAAUUAUAUUUAGAGAUUGAUGUCAAUCGGGAUUGGCCUUUACAAUCAAAAAUAUUAAUGUCACGAAUAUCAAGGAUGAUAAAAACUUGGGAAUUGAAUGGCAUAGAAAAGAUCGAGAAUUCAAGUAAAUUGAUUGGGAGAGUUUUCUAUUUUUUGACUGAAUUGUUUAAAAAUAUUCCCAAAGAUGUGUUUUUAAUUAAAAAUUUUGUCGAAGUUCAAUAUACAUUAAUUGACAAAAUUUACAACGUACUUAUUAAAAAUCAACAAAAACAAAAUUACAAUAAUAAUUAUCUACUAAAAAUUAUACUACCCGAUCUCUUGCCAGAAUUAGAAAAGUUGUUGGAUUAUUUAAUAUUAAAGAAAAGCAUUAUUUAUUAUACUACUUCACAAAAAUUUCUAUUAAAGAUGGUUUCAUCAAUCUUACUAUUAAUAGAAAAAAAGUCGAUGUCUAGCAUUCAAGGGUUAUUAAAAAACCUAUUACAAGUAUAUUAUAAAAUAGUAACAUUUCUAAACAUAUCACCUGAGAAUAAGGGAAGUAUUCUUCAAAUCAUUCAAUGGAUAAAACAUAACGGAAAUUUAGAUUAG